CUUAGUUCUUUACCCGCAAUGUUUGGCAAAAGCGCCUUUGGAAGCACUGGAGGAUUCGGCCAGCAGCAGCAGUCUUCUGUCUUUGGGCAACAGCAGCCUCAACAACAACAACAACAACCUUCUCCAUUUGGUGGAGGCGGAUUCGGUUCAACAACAACUGGAGGCGCGUUUGGCUCAACUCCCAACACAUCCACCGGAGCGUUUAGUCAAUCUGCACAACCAAGCGCAUUCGGCUCGACUGGACAAGCAACUGGCUUCGGAGCAAACACUGGAUCAGCAUUCGGUCAAUCGAGACCAUCUGCAUUUGGCGGAACGUCUGCCUUCGGCUCAGCAGGAACUCAACAGCAGCAACCAUCUACUGGUUUUGGUGGAUUUGGAGCUACUUCGACGCCAACUACAUCAGGAUUCGGCGCUGCAGCAAAUACCCAACCUAGCGGCGGUGGUCUCUUUGGCCAGAGCCGUCCUAGCGCCUUCGGAGCCCCCGCUACUUCUACUACAGGUGGUGUGUUUGGCGGCGGUGCUACCAGCUCUGCACCCAGCGCCUUUGGUGCCCAACCUCAACAACAACAGUCUGCAUUCGGUGGGGGCAUGGGAUCAGCAUCUGCUUUCGGGCAACCCGCUGGCGCUGCAGGUGGUGCCAAUCAAGGUACUGCUGUAGCCGACUUUACAGCAACGACGGAUCGCGAUAUUGCCUCGGGUACGAACAACUACUUCCAAACAAUCACAGCAAUGCCCCAGUACCGCAACUACUCUUUGGAAGAACUGCGAUUGCAAGAUUACGCACAGAACCGCAAAAACUCGGGUGCAGCAGGUACCACGGGCGGAUUUGGAGCAGGCGCAACAGGUGGAUUUGGAAGCACAGGAGCAACUGGUGGAUUUGGUCAACCUGCCGCAGGUUCUUCUGCUUUUGGAGGUCAACAGCCUGCGACAAACGCAUUCGGGCAGCCACAACAGCCGGCCGCUGGUGGAUUUGGCAGCACUGGCACUGGAACUGGCUUAUUUGGCGGCGGCCAACAGCAACCAGCAGCAUCAGGUACCUCAGCAUUUGGCGGCGGCACAACUGGUGGUUUCGGAAGCACACCUGGUGGAUUUGGUGCUGGUAGUGGUACCACAGGAGGCUUUGGCGCUACUGGAGGAUUUGGUGCUGCUCCAGGUAAUGCUGCAAAACCUCUGUUUGGCUCGCAACCUGCAGCAGGCGGAUUUGGCGCUACGACUUCGACUCCAGCAUUCGGUGCAGCUACAGGCGCAGCUACCGGUGGAUUUGGACAGCAGAAUCCACAGCAAACCGGCGCCUUUGGUGGAUUUGGAGCAAAACCUGCAACAACCCCAGCAACUGGCGGCUUUGGUGGUACUACCAGCGGUUUCGGUGGUGGCUUUGGAUCGACCGCAACAAGCAAGCCUGCCACCUCAUUCUCGUUCAAUACACCAGGUGCACAGACUGGCGCAACAAGUACUGGUUUCGGUGCUACUACUGGUGGUGGUUUUGGCGCACCACAAACGAACACUGCAGGCGGCUUCGGUGCACCUCAAACUCAACAAACAAGUCUUUUCGGCGGAAACAAACCUGCUGCUUCAACAUCUCUCUUCGGUGGUGGACAGCCAGCAGCCACUGGCGGCUUCGGCGCUGGAGCAACGGGUGCUGGUGGUUUCGGAUCAGGAGGCCUGUUCAGUCAAAAGCCAGCGACCGGCACGGCCGGCACGACUGGUCUGUUCAACAACCAAGCUGGCUCGACCGGCUUUGGCGGUUUUGGCGGCGGCUUGGGCACCCAGCAACCAGGAGCGGGUACCAACACUUUCUCUUUGCCGGCCACAGGCGGUUUGACGUCAUUCGGCACUUCUGGCCUCCAACCCGGUCAACAGCAACAGCCCUUGAUUGCCACUGUUGACAACAAGCCAUACGGCUCUAACCCACUCUUUGACACCAGCAAGCCUGCUCCUGCUGGAGCAAAGCCCGGUCCCAGUGCUGUCGCGUUGGACUCGGGCAAGAAACCUACAGCUGCUCAUCGGCCCAUGGCACCCCGCGUCGUCUCCAAGAUCAAGCUUCGUGGCUUCUCGCUCGGCUCUGCUAGUCGAUCCUCCACAAGCAGGAAGAUGAGCUCGCUCGAAGGCAUCAGCGACGACGCCGUGCUCGGUCCUAACGCCUUUUCUCCACGCACAAGCAACAAAAAGCUCGUGUUUGACAAGGAGAUUGACAGUGCUGAUAUUGCCGCGCUCCUGAACAAAAAGAGUGACAAACCCCAGAUGCUCUUCGAUCCUAAGCUGGAGAUGCUGGCACGCAAGAAGGAGACCGAACGGGAAAAGGAAGCUGGUGAUGCAUCCUCGUCUGCUGUCGCAGUAGCAGCAACGCCGUCCUCAUCGUCUGCCACUGCGCAUACAGGAAGCUCUGCUGCACCGCAGUUUGUUUCAACCAAGGCAUAUUCAUCGGCUAGCGCGAACGAAGGCUAUUACUCGUCUCCUACGCUCGAAACACUGCAGUCAAUGACCAAGGAAGAACUCAAACACGUCGACAAGUUCAUGGUGGGCCGCCACGGCUAUGGUGAAGUGCGGUUCGACUCGCCAGUGGACCUAUCCGAGUUGAAUUUGCACGAUAUUAUGGGAACCAUUGUGAUCCUCGAAGAGAAGAGCGUGGUCAUCUAUCCCGACGAAAGCACCAAGGCCGAGGAAGGCACUGCAUUAAAUGUCCCAGCAACAGUGAAACUAGAAAACUGCUACUCAAUGGACAAGGAAACCCGGAAACCGAUCAAGGACCCCGAGCAUCCUCGCUUCAAAAUCUUCCUCGACAAGCUGCGCAACCGUCAAGGUGUCCAAUUCGUGGGCUAUACUGUGGAAACCGGAACAUGGACAUUCAAAGUGGAGCAUUUUUAGCUUGCUAUUUUUACCGCAUUAACAUAGUAUACUCCUUUCUAACACACACAUUUACACACUUAUCAACCCUACACACCCAAUAUCUCUUUCUCCUCUCCUCUCCUCUUAGCUUAGUACAGACUGUCCCCCAUCCGUUUUUACCCGUCAACAAUUCAACCCUUUGAAAGUACACCCAGAAAUACUACAAAGACCUCAAUAAAUUCAUUCAAAAUCAAAGUCACACACUUGCUGAACCCAA